AGCGAGUUCGAGACCAUUGCACAUGCUCAGACGGCGGGGCCGUAAAGCUACAUUGCAUGUUACGAACAAAGCGAAUGUCUUUGCUAACUUUUCACGGACGAUAAACGCACAUUUGCUGUACAUAUAUAACUAACAAUACCCACUAUUAUUGGAGUUAAGUGGGUGUUCGGUUCCUGACUAUGUCAACAGCCGACGAUUCACGUUACUACAAUGAUCACGAUGACCGAGUUGGAGGACAAAAGGUUCGCAACCGUAAAGGCAGAGGGCCUUUCAGGGCCCCUAUGUAUAGUGACCAGGGGCCAGUAGGACCAGGGCCAAGACCAAGACAUCGUGGUAGCCAAAGAGGCGGCGGCGGCCCGGGACACAGAGCGAGAUUCGACGAUGAGGAUGGAGAUGUGGCAAUGACGGACAGCAACUCCCAAGAUGGAUCCUCCCAACACAGAUUUAACCCUUAUGGAAGGCCAAAUCGGCGUGGUGACGAACGAUUUGACCGGGGCCGCAGAGGUGGUGGAGGAGGUCACAGGGGUCGUGGGAAUAACAAAGGAGGGGAUGGAGGUGGAGGUGGCCGCAAGAACUGGUUCAAGAUGUCUGUCCCCUAUGGAAAGAAAUACGACAAAGACUGGCUGAUAACAGCACUGCAGAAUAUCUGCUCCAUGCCCUUCACGCCAGUACAUUACCACGUAGAGGGAAACCGAGCAGAGUUCUUUAUUGAUGAUUCCACGACUGCGAAUGCCUUGUUUAAAGUAUCACGGAAGAUCACAGACAAAGAGGGCUACAAGGUGACUGUACUGAUGAAUCCCUGUCCUCCACCCUCCUUUCUUCAGUCUGAACUAAAGCCAGCUGAUCUGGAGCACCUGAAGCAAUGCAUGGCUAAACGUUUUGAUGGCUCUCAACAAGCCCUGGACUUGAACAACAUCCGGAUAGACCCAGACCUGGUGUCCCAGAACAUUGAUGUGACUUUGAACAGAAAGAACUCCAUGCGUGCUGUUAUCAAGAUAAUUGAGGAGAAUAUUCCAGAGCUUGUUUGUCUGAACCUUAGCAACAACAAGCUAUUUAGGCUGGAUGACCUGUCAGAGCUGGUCAACAAGGUUCCCAACCUGAAGACACUCAACCUUUCUCAUAACGAGUUAAAGACAGAGCGCGAGCUGGACAGGAUCAAGGGUCUUAAGCUGGUGGAGUUAUGGCUUGAGAGGAACCCCCUUUGUGACUAUUUCAAGGACCAGGCUUCAUACAUCAGCGAGGUGAGAGAGAGGUUCCCCAGGCUUCUCAAACUGGACGGUCAGGAUCUCCCCCCGCCCAUAGUCUUUGAUGUGGAGGUGACUCCUGCCGCCCUUCCACCUUGCAAGCCCAGCUACUUCUGCUCUGAAGAGAUCAAGACUCCCAUCGUUGGCUUCCUACAACAAUACUACAGUGUGUAUGACUCCGGAGACAGGCAGCCUUUGUUAGACGCCUACCACGAUGGAGCAACCUUCUCCUUGAGCAUGCCCUUCACCAUGCAGAACCCCUCCAGGUGCAGUCUUGGAGAUUACCAUAAAGACAGUCGCAACCUGAAAAAGCUCAAGGAUCCCACCACACGAUUUCGCUUACUGAAGCACACUCGUCUGAAUGUGGUGGCUUUCCUGAGCGAACUGCCCAAAACGCAGCAUGACACUGCAUCUCUAAUUGUGGACGUCAACACCUUCACCAACACGUUACUGUCGUUCACAGUCACUGGAGUGUUCAAAGAAGUUGAAGGUAAAUCCCGCGACUCUGUGAGAGCUUUCUGCCGGGUGUUUGUCACAGUGCCAGCUGGAGGGACAAGUCUUUGCAUAGUGAAUGACGAGCUGUUUGUGCGCAAUGCUACGACUGAGGAGAUCCGCCGGGCCUUCGUGGCACCUGCCCCCACCCCAUCCAGCAGUCCUGUCCCCACCCUUUCAGCCCCCCAGCAAGAGAUGCUCUCUGCCUUCUCACUUAAGUCCGGCAUGAAUCUUGAAUGGUCCCAGAAGUGCCUACAGGACAAUGAGUGGGAUUUCAACCGAGCAGGGCAGGUCUUCACAGACCUCAAGGCUCAUGGAAAGAUCCCAGAUGUCGCUUUCAUAAAGUGAACAGGAAUGACUGUGAAGAUUUUUAAUUGUCAUUGGUCUUAUUUCCGUUGAUUCUUAUGCAGUUACCCUUCUGGAUUACAAGAUAACAUAUACUUCAUUAUUUGUGUACUUAUAAUUAAACAUGAUUUAACGUGUUCAAA